AUGACAACCAGUCACGACACCGGCACGAGCGAGGAUGAUCGCUUGAUGACCCAGGCAAAUGAGCAGCUUGAACGCGAGCUGCUCCAGAGUCAGAAACUCACUCUCACUACAUACCAAGCGCCUCGACGUGUGGUGUCUCUCGGCAUCUCCCCCAGCUACGUCAAAGACUGGACACCAGCAGACGCAUUUCGGGAAUUAUAUCAAAAUUGGAAGGAUGCCAUCAUCGAAAGAUUCGACCUCGAACGUCAGAGCUUCCAGCCGUUUUUGGACGACCAUAAUGACCAUCUCUCAAUCGUUGUCCCCGACCAGCCAGGGGAUCGUGAGAAUAGACGCGCACUAGGUUUCAUUCAGUACGAAAAGAAGGCCGGUCGAAUCACGAUCGCAAAUCCAUGCAUGCAACUACCCAUCGAUGCUCUAGCGAUGGGAUUCUCAACCAAAGCUGCUCACAAGCAUCUUGUUGGACGUCAUGGCGAGGGUCUUAAGCUGGCGGGCCUCGUCCUCGCCCGAGAUCGCUACCAGGUGAGUGUCGCCGCGAGUGGUUGCAAUUGGAGCUUUGACAUGCACACAGAUGCCGCUUCGAUUUCUUGUACGGUCGCACCGUCUCAGAAAACCAAGUUGAUCGGGUGGACCGAUCCUGCCCUCGACAUGGCAAGCCUACGUUACCAUGUGGGGCGGGACGUGGCAGUGGUGAUCGGCAGGACGCGAACCAAGCCAGGCCGACCCGUCGCACUAGACGCGUUUUUGGAUUGGCUCCGCCUCACGACGAUGGACAUCCGCGAACUCACCUACCGUUCCGGUCUCAUUCCCACACCACAUGGCGACUUGAUCCUGGAUCCCCAGCUGCGAGGUCAGCUCUAUCACAAUGGAAUCACCUUGACCAAUUCCGCUGUGGGCGGCGCAUUCCUCUUCGCGUACAAUUUCGCCUAUUCGUCGACCUGCCGCGAUCGUCGCCGACUGGCAUCCUGGUGGGAUACGGCUCGCCAGGUACGACAAACAUGGGAGGAAGCGCUACGCGAGAAGAAAGACACCAUCUUGCCUCUACUCGUCGAUCUGUUGCGGAAGCAUGCCCGUUCCGCCGACGCCGAGAUGAUAGGUCCUCUUUUAGAGCCACUGGCGGCGCGUCAGAUCUGGCAAUACUUGCUGCGCGAGUCAGCAGAUAAGAUAUUCUUUUACAGCGAGAGAAGCAAUGAUCAAACCACAAACACAAUCCGGGACAGCCUCGGCAAGCGCCAGGCACGCCUGCCGGACAGGCUGUGUGGCACAUGCUGCGUGCCCACUGCCCCACCCGGACCGUCGAAGAGCAGCUGCAAGAGCUGUUGCCUACGUCGAAGGCUCGACCGGAAAGUCGACGUAUACUUUGAUAAGGGAAAGGAUAUGCUUAAUAUACAUUGCCGAUGGUUGGACUUUGCUUGUACGCACCACCGGUCGUUCUACCGGCCCUGGUCUCCGAACAACCUCGCCGACCCGAACGCCCCGUUCUUCUGCUGUCAUGUGGUGGAAGCAUUUCGCACACUCGGCUCCAGCGGCCCGGACUACCAUGCUGUGCUUCAUGAUGGCAAUUGUGCGAACACUGAGACGGCGCUUCUCCAUGAGAAAGCAGCCCUCCCCAACGACGUGGUGCCCUGUGGCUGCCGCCAGCAGUUCGCUCGUCAGACACACCGAAUGUGCCUCUUUACCGUAUAUGAUGAUCUGACAGGAACGUACGGCGCGGGCGACCCCCACGUUACCGGAAGACAAGCGGCGCCCGAGAUUGCUUCGAUUUGGUGUAGUCACCUUAUCUUGGAUGCGAUCAAAUGUGGAAUACCUACCCCCGCGAGACUCCUCAUCCACGGUGAACACGGUGAGGGUAAUUUUUGGGGGGCAUAUGAUAUCCCGUAUCUUUGCAUCCAAUAUACAGUCUCACCUCCCGCAUUCUAUUCAUACCGCAGUCGCCCACGUCGGGACGACCUGAACUCAUCUGCCGAUUGCUAUCAGUGGUAUCCGUACGCUCCACCACUGGAGCUGCGUGCGUGUCUUCACGUGUUAGGUCAGGAUUUGCCCUCGCUCUCGGUGAGCGGAGCAGGGCAUCUAGAUCUUCGUCCCUUCGGUUACAUUGAUACGACCGCACUCUCGUCCACCUGCUCUUCAUCGCCUUCUAAAAAAAACUGA